CACAGUAGCAUUUGACGAACGUAUACGAGAACGUCCGAAGCCAGGCCGAGUAGAUGACGUUCCACAACGUGGCGACGAUAUGGCUGCGGCGUUCGAUUUUCGCGAAACGAAAGCGCAGUAUUACCGUCGGUCGGUUUGAAUCGUUGCCCGUUCACGAGCACCGCCGACAACAGACAGUGUCAAUAAAGUGUUGUGGCAAGUAGUUCGAAAAAUGAAAAGACAAAUUGCGCGCGCGAUUUAUUUUCACCCCUUCCCUCCCUUCUCUCUCGCUCUCUCAUUCCCCAUCUCCCUUUCAUCAUCUAUCCCCUCCCCGCGACUCUUAUGCGUUCCGCUCGGCCUGUAAUCAAACGCGUCGCGCAAUACCACGUUGGACUAUAUCAUUUGUUUACAUUUUUAUACCGAUCCCCGUCGGGCCUUCCCCGGUGAUUCUAGAUAAAUAACAAUAACGAGAGUAACAAUGACACUGUAAUCGAGGCGAGGCGAGGCCAAUACCGAGGGUGCCAAGAUGAUGCACGCGGGGUUACCGACGUGUCCGUGUGUCAACCGACAGGGGAGGUUCUACACAUAGAUCCUGAGUUCGUUUUAUGAGCAAGGAUCUCGAGGAAGUGGUGUGGUACGCGAAAGAAGACUCCGCGACACGUUUCAGCCGUUUCUUCCUGCCUGUGUUGAUCUACGUGACGUUUCUGCUCGUCUCAUUCUCGGUUUCCGUCGCCAUAGAAAUUAUGAUCGGCAUAGAAGCGAUAGCGGUGUCGUCAAGGUGGUUGGUGCUGAUGGCUGUGCUGGUACUGAUAGUGGUGCUGGUGCUGGUGCCGCUGCCAAUGGUGUAGCGCGGGUGUGCGCGCGCGGUGCUGUUUCGACAGCAUACAGUGCGGACGGUAGCUUUAGACUCCGCGGAAGAAGGGCCGUGAGCUCGACCGUGCUCCGAUGGCCUGAUAUACACUACGAAACGCGUAUAUGAAGCUACACUGCCCUGACUCGUCGAUGGGCGUGCGGGGGUGACUGGAGUGAUGGGAUGGGGCCAGAGCCCCAUGGAGUUCGGGUAGACCCGUCUCCGGCCCAGCUCCCCAGCCCCCUCCGCCAUCAAUAUCACCACUGCUCCUGCCAGCGUCGCAGAGGGCCGCCACGAUUGCGAUGGAGGCCUCUAGCAAUCAACAACAGAAGGAGAAGGAGCCACGUGUUCAUAGGCCUUGCGCCUUCGAUAAGAUGGAGGGGCUGGUGCGGGAGAUGCAAUACCCUGUACCCGUGGGGGUACCCGUGGGCAGCCAAAAACAAUUUCUUAGCUCAAUCCCUUCAGCUUUCAUGGGUGGGUAUCAUCGGCAGCUGUGCCGUGGUGUGAACAUAAGCGACUAUCAUGACCAGGAUAUUACAUGAGGCUGGCUGUUUGUUACAGGUUACGAUCUCGUCGAGUGGCUGAUGGCGCGGCUUUCCAUCGAAGAAUCAGUAGAGGCGGUUCACAUUGCCAAUCAACUCUGCCAGUAUGGCUACUUCUUCCCGGCAAAUGACACCAAGACACUCACCGUAAAAGAUGAUAGUUCUCUAUAUAGAUUUCAGACACCAUAUUAUUGGCCAUGGCAACAUAGAACCCCUGAUAAUGUGGAGUAUGCUAUUUAUCUGGCUAAGAGAACUCUGAGAAACAAGCAACGCCAUGGUCUUGAGGAAUACGAGAUCGAAGCUUUAAACAGUUUACGUAGAAACUUACAAAGCAAGUGGGAAGCGAUACAACUUCAAGCUGAGGAACAGGUACGAUUAUCGAAAGGACGGAAAAGAGAUGAUAAGAUAGUGUGUGAUUCUCAAGAACGAGCCUUUUGGAGAGUGUAUAGGCCACCGCCUGGUUGUAUCAGUAGUCUCGACAUAGCACCUGUACCUACGCGUUUUCGUCCUGGACUUUCACGUGUACCAUCGCGCAAACGUACUCUAUCUGACCUGCAACGCGAGGUGGCCUUCUUGGAGAAUAGCUUAACACGCACAAGGAUAAAGGUUUCGACUGCAAUUGAAAAUUUGAAAUCAUAUUUCGAAACGUACGUGGAAUACGAUCCGAUGUUUGUGCAACCACAACCAUCCAAUCCGUGGAUCACGGACGAUCAAACAUUUUGGCAACUAAACAGCUCUGUAGUGGAAGUUCCAACGGAGAAACGUGUUAAGCGUUGGGCGCUAUCAAUGGAGGAGUUGAUGUCUGAUCCUACAGGCUUGCAAGAAUUCACAAAUUACUUAAGGAAGGAGUACAGUCAUGAAAACAUACGGUUUUGGGUAGCAGUGAAAGAUUUAAGGCGCAGUUUUCAAGCGCAAAUACCUGAUAAAGUCAACGAAAUUUUCAAAGAAUUCCUGGCACCUGGAGCACCCUGCGAAAUAAAUAUUGAUGGGAAGACGAUGGAAAAAGUUCAUCAAGAGAUGAAAAAUCCAAGCCGAUUUACAUUCGAUUCUGCUGCUGAACACGUUUAUACGCUACUUUUGAAAAAGGAUUGUUAUCCUAGAUUUAUUCGCUCUGAUCUGUAUCGAAGUCUUUUAGCGCAUGGCGUGCAACCUUUACAAAAAAAGAGAUUUUUUACCUUCGGUGGACAAACGAAAAAGAAAUCUUCGACCUCGGCCACAACCCCCAGCACUUUACAACAUGGUGCAAGUAGUACAACCGGUGGUAAACGUAGAGGAAGUGAUCGAAGCCUAUCUGGAUCUGCCCAUGAGUUAGCUGUUUGUGGUGUUCGAGAUACAACGUCGAUGCCACGAGUGCCGCACUCUCACAGCCAGUCGAAUCUUACCGACAUACCAUACAGGGGAGAUCUGGCUCGAUUCGUAAAAAUCGCUACGACGUCUAUCGCGCAUAGUAUUCAGGAUGUUGGCACGUCGGAAGUGAUGGCUCGCCCUAUAGACGACGUUUGCCCAUGGGACGCGGCCCCAGGUCCCAGUAUAGAGCACGCCUCGGGUUCCACAGGACCGCAACACCUGACGUUAUCUGCAACAACCUUGUCAGUUGAGGGUCAGCUCGAUGAGAGCAGCAACAGCAUGGUCGGAUUGCUGCAAUCCGUCGAAACACGCGCAGCCCGCAAGAAUUCGACGCAACUGGAUUCCUAUAGCUCUUCGUCUGACGUUAGUCUACCAAUAACGGAAGUGUCCGAGCACCUUCGGAAAUCAUGCUGUAUGCAACACAGCACCAGCGUAGGUGGAGUACCGUCAACGAGCGAAAGAAGUGGAGGGGGAGUCAGGACAAAUUUCCGGAGAGUGAAACUUGGAGAAAUUGGUCGACCGCCUGCUUCGUCCUAUAAUGAAGAGUCUGAAGCUCACUAUACAAAGCCAAAAGUCUUGUCAUUCGAAAGGGACUUUCCCAUGAAAUCUCCAGGCAAAGCUCCCGUAAUAAGUAUUAGCGCGAUUGUUGGUGAAAUUACGGAGAAUCCAGACGACAUUUGCACGGCGUUCGUAGAGGAAGAAGAGCUGAUGGAAGGGGCUGCAAGUAGGGGAGGAGAACUGGAACAUGAUAAAAGUAAUACGACGGACACUGCCGGGAAGGACUCGGCAAGUCCGGCUCAAACGGAAACGGAAACCGUGGAGUUGCUGGAGGAGGCACAGGUUGUUCCUGUUUGGAAACCGGACACUCAACAAAAUGACCAAACAGCGCCUGUCACUCAAUCAGCAGCUCAGCAAAAGCGUGACAAUAACGUUAACGAAGUGUGCCCGUGGGAGGACGAGUAUGACGUUAAUUUUACCACGAUAGGUGGAGUACCGUCAACGAGCGAAAGAAGUGGAGGGGGAGUCAGGACAAAUUUCCGGAGAGUGAAACUUGGAGAAAUUGGUCGACCGCCUGCUUCGUCCUAUAAUGAAGAGUCUGAAGCUCACUAUACAAAGCCAAAAGUCUUGUCAUUCGAAAGGGACUUUCCCAUGAAAUCUCCAGGCAAAGCUCCCGUAAUAAGUAUUAGCGCGAUUGUUGGUGAAAUUACGGAGAAUCCAGACGACAUUUGCACGGCGUUCGUAGAGGAAGAAGAGCUGAUGGAAGGGGCUGCAAGUAGGGGAGGAGAACUGGAACAUGAUAAAAGUAAUACGACGGACACUGCCGGGAAGGACUCGGCAAGUCCGGCUCAAACGGAAACGGAAACCGUGGAGUUGCUGGAGGAGGCACAGGUUGUUCCUGUUUGGAAACCGGACACUCAACAAAAUGACCAAACAGCGCCUGUCACUCAAUCAGCAGCUCAGCAAAAGCGUGACAAUAACGUUAACGAAGUGUGCCCGUGGGAGGACGAGGAAAACUGUAGAGUGGAUGCACCCUAUGUAAAAACUUAUUCAACUUUAGGUUAUUUGUAACUUGGCGUUAACACUAAACUUACAUUUUACACGUAAACAUUCAGUGGUUCAAUUUUGAUUUCACUUCUAAAUUCGAGUGCCCGAGCUAUUGAAGUUGCUUCGUCAUUAUUUCCGUUUCCUCGAUUAGUUCGCGAUGGGAAGCCAGUGAACCGAAGUAUUGUUUGCCAUUACGGUUUGAUGCGGAGAAGAAACAUCGUUUAGACGGAGAACAAAAAUCGGAUGGAGAGACAUCGUUUACAAUCUUAAAUAUAACGUACACUUAUGCACUCGCGUGCAGUCCCACGAUUUGCUGUGAAUAAGUAGCGAUAGAAACUUUAACACGCUGAAAUAUAAUAUAUACGGCAUUUUAUCGAAAUGCAUUUAACGCUAAUAAACGGAAAAAUACUUCUCGCAAGUUACAUCGCCUUGAGAAUAGUAACUUAAAAGUACCUACUGAGCCCAUGUUAUUAAAUUAGAUACGUCGCAUAAUAUACCAGUUUGAUUUGAUUCUGGUAGAACACGAUAUUAUUCGUUUAUAGAAAUUUGUGCAAGGCGUGUUUCUGCAUUUAUAGACGUGUAAGCUGUUAAAUUCAAAUGUACAUUAGAAUAAAAACACGUAUAAUGAGAUUAGAAAAUGAAUUGUGGUUCGAGAAAAGGAUAAAUAGUGUCGUAUCUGUGUAUGUCGCUAAGCGAUGAAACGUAAUUUAAGAUAUUCGAUGGUAUUUCUCUGUUACAAUUACGAAAAUAGAAGGGCGUAAUUAACGUGCACGUUGGGUGAUGAAGUUUUAGGUUUAGCACACUGUGAAAAGUAUUAAACGCAAAGUUACGAUUCGCGGACGCUUGUCAAACAUGAGCCCAUUGACCGCUCCAGCAGAUCGUAAAUUUCUUUAAUACUUAAUCCCAUGUGAACAAUGAUUUCUUUUUUCAUAUGUGAAAACGAUCAUAGCGAUUGUUAACUACUUCGGUUACAGAAAAAUUUGUCUCGUUUUUAUGAACUUAAGUGACCAUUACUCGUUGCAUUUCUUUCGUUGUUUAUUCGUUGAACACACGAUUUCUUGAAAAUGUUACAGUUAAAUCCCAAUAGUGCAUUAUCUGUAACAAUAUAUAAGUGAUUCAGAUUACCGUUCGCAAUAGGAUAGCUUUAAUGUGGUAAUGUUUAAUUAUUAUCCAGUGUAGGUAGUAGCCGUGCAUUUACCCUAUACAUGAUAAGUACCUAAAUACAACAACUAUAUUUAAAGCGAUAUUAAACUUACUUACGGCCUGAUCUUACAACGGCCUGCGCAAUGUUUAAGAAAUAGAGGAAAAACGAAAUUGUUCCGUUUCGAUAAUAGUAGCUCAGUGUGCAAACUGUCAUUAACCGCCGUUCGUAACUAUGCGAAAUUAAGUCUAAAGAAGAAAGGCCAGGUGAAGCUAGAUAAGGACGUCGGAAUAACGAUUCGACUGUCGAUUUCCCCCGAAAUACUGAUAUAUAAUACAUAAAUUAUUCUCCGAUAAUACUUCGGAGGUGUGAUGGAUUCUAGGUACUGUUACUGCCCAGUGCCUGGAAUCCGUGGAUUUCGAUUAGGUAGAACGUGAUAAAAUUAUAAAUAAACGUACGAUUAAUCUAUUUUAAUUCUCCUUAGAAAAUAUAUCGAAACUGUUUGAUAAAUAUAACCCGGAUCACUCGUAUUUUAAGAACGAGAGAAUCCAAUGAUGCAUAAUACCAUGAAACUAUGUAGAUUGUAGAUAGCCGUAUCGAAAUGUUGCACGAAACGUGAACAAAGAUACGGAACAAGCGGUGUACGGAGCAAUUGUAUCUGCUCCUUUUAUCGAACAAAAUUAAUAUGUUUUUAUAAGAUGAAACGUAAAAUGGAGAGAGUAUCGAUGAUAUAGAAUCGAUCAUUGUCCUGGCGAAGGUUCGAACAGUAGACGCGCAACUGAACGAAAGAAAUCCAUGUUUCACGUCGAAUAAGCUCGUUGAAAGUCGUUGAAGUCUUGCCUAAAAAGAACCGUGUCGAACGGGAACACGUUUGAAUAUUAGCCAGUGAAUGUUUCGACAGGCGAUUAUAUAUUCCUUGCAUUGAUUUCGUUCAGUUUCUACACAGUACUAUCUACAAAGUAAAGAAGAAUUAGCCUAGAGAUAAAAAAGUAAAGUAGUCUGUACUAGAGUUCGGGCACUCGAGACAAGUCCUAAGAAACUUUCAAGUAUUGAUAAUGAAUCGUAAUGGUAAUUUGGGAGCUCCCCAUAACUAUUGUAAACGAUUCUCAUUAUAGAUAGGUAGUCGAUAAUAAGAUGAAAAUGACAAAUAUAUUACAGUCCUUAGGGAAAUGAAUAUAACAAGUACAGCAUAGGUGUUGAAAUAAUUCAGUUAAAUCGUGACUGAAACUAUUUAAGCGAGGAUAGUUUCGUUAUAUACGACUGGAUCUUAUUUGCGAGCUGUGGUGACUCAUGAACAAAUGGAAUAUCUAUGUUCAUUUACAUUACCUUAUAAAAUUCCACUGAGCAGUCCUCAGACGAUUCUCCUGAAAGAAGCUUCAAAACGAAUCAAAAAAAAAAAACUAUUUUUGUUCUCCAUACUCAGAGAUAUUUAUAUACACAGAUAUAUUAUACGCGUUGUGUCGUACUGUCUGUUCAACUCGAAACAUAAAAACUGAAAAAGAUAGAUUUUACUGAUCGUGUAUUAUAGUAGUGGUCUUAUUAUCAUUCAAGGGACAGCUUGAAGGAUCGCUAUGCAACCUGGGAUCUCUUGUCACCACGUCAUUUCGUUUCACUUUUUAAUACGGCUAUAUUACGAAAACUAUUAAAUAUAAAAUCUAACAGCGAACGUAGUUAAUUGAAAACUGCUGAUCACUGAUUCCGACGAAAUUAUACAUGUAUAUCUACGUUGUAUCAACACCUAGUGUUUACACAGGGAACUUCAAAGCAUGUAAGCAGAAUUUCGGACGAUAAUUGUGCACGCUAGACUAAUAAAACCAGUUUAAAGAAGACAGUGCCCUAGUCAAAAUUAUUUCCAGUUUGUUGAUAUUUUUAUAUUUCUAAGCCGAAUUCAUUGUGAAGCCCCAAGAAUCGUUUCAAAUGGUUAGUGAUAUUUUAGUCACUUUGUCAUUUGAAAUAGUGACAAAAAACGCUUCAAGCUUAAAAGUCGAAUCGAACAAAAUUUAUGUUUGGGAUUCUUUUAUUGUACAUAUACACAAAUUCAAUUUAGCUCCGAACAGAUGCUUAUAUAUUUUGAUACACCCUCUACAUACAAAGACAGUAUUAAAUAAAAAGUAACAAGAGAUAUCCAUAAUACUUCUGAGAAAGUACAAGCUCAAAAAUUGUUGACUUUUAUUACUUGAAAUAUAACGAAGAUUAUCUUCUUGAGUUAGUAAUGGAUUUUUUAAGUCGGUUGAAGAACUUUCAAAUUUACUUAAACUAUUUCCGUACUAGCAUUUCCUUUACUUAAACUAGAUUCCGUACGAAUAACACUUUUCACUACGUAAAAACGAUCCUAUUUCUGAACUAUAAACGUCUUCCAAUAUCUCGCAUAAAUAAAGAAAGCAAACACAAGAACUUCUAAAAGUAAUUCGUUAUUUUGAAUCGUAUCUCUAAUUGAAAGUUAAUAUAUUAUAAAAAAAACGAGGAAAUAGAGCAAGAAUAACACUUACGGUAUAAUAUAAUUUUCCUACUUCUUUUCUAUUAGUAAAAGUGACGUUUAUUUGUUUGUUAACUAGAGAUAAUUUAAGUCAUAUGUCAAUCAUGUUUGCCAAAUUUUACAUAGAAUACAUUAUCAUCAAUGUUGUCGUAGACAAUAUUUAAUCAAGAAUGGAUCGUUAAAAAUGGACAGUUUCGAAAUGGAUCCAAAUAUUUCAUUCUCUCUUUUCAAGCAUGCGACGGUCUUUACCGAGAAUAUGUAGUUUAAGCAUGUUAUGUGCGUAUAAUUUGCUAGAUGAAUUUGUUUAACUUCAACGAAUACAUAAUACAUAUACAGUAAUCUAUUGUAAGAUGCUUCAAAUUGAUACUCAAUUUGCAAGAUGCCCUAAUGAAUGCCAACGUCUUCUUCUUCUUCUUGUUUUUUCCUCUUCAGCCUGAAUAGUUACGUAACAAAUACAAUUAAACGAAUACAAUUGAAUGAGCCAUAUUUACCACCGAAAGACUGACAAAGUACCUGAAAACCCCAACAAAAACUACAUGCAACGAGGCUCCUAACGACAAAGUUGAAAACGACAAGUAGCGUUGUCUGAACGUUUCGAUAUCGAAAACAUCGCUGACGGAAAUUACAAAAAGGAAAACAAUCGUGUCGCGUUUGUAAGGAAAUGGGUGACCGAUUCAAGAUUUUAGUGAUCCUUGGAGCGUCCCAUGAUCUUUUAUCUGAACUUUGUAUUAGAUAAAUUUAUUAUUAUACAUUGCUUUCACGCGUGUUCGAGAAGUUGUAUGCCUAGCAGUUUAGCGUUACAGUUAAGAGAGUAAUCUACAACCUGUUAUUACACGAUAAGUUACGUGAAUACGUAUAGUGUUUAAGUUGGAGCUGCAUCAUUUAGAGACGAUCGGAAACGGAUUAAUUACUUUGCGAAGACAGUUCUAGCGAGAUUGGAAAUAACAAUAUAGCAAACGAAGGGUUUAGAAAGGAUAACCAAUUGUGAUGUGCUAAAGAAUACUGUUUUAUUAAAGACGUUAUUUUCGAUCAGCUAAAGCUCGACAAUUCACUAACGAAUAAGUAAACGAGGUCUUUACAUUCCGCAAGUACAUACUUGAAAAAUGGACUCUAACGUGCUUUUGUAUUCACAGUUUCCAAGUCUUUGACUCUUGUGAACGGAAACGAAGGAUUAAGUUACUGCUUCAACGAGAGAUAAAUGGAGAAACAAGAAGCGCGAAAGAAACACAAAGAUGAAAUCAUACAUGGACACAUAGAACUGCUCAAAAGUUUGGGAUCGGAACAGAGCUUGAACUUUUCAAUGGUACAUACUUGUACAAUUGGACGAACGUUCGAACUUCGAAACAUUUCAAAUUGAUACAUCCUAGUCGUAAGUAAAUUACGGAUUGUAUGUAUAUAUAAUAGAAACGAUUAGUCGCAGGUCAAAGUAGUGGAUAAAUUCAAAUAAUUAAAAAGUAUCGAUGUAUUACUUUCAACUUGUUAAAAUAUUGUUAAAGAAAGAAUUCAAUGCAUGUUCAGCAGCUGUCUGUUGCAACUGACAGAAAAUUUGUAUUUUACAUAAAUAUCCACAGUCUAAUUGUAAAAGGAACAACAGAAUCUUCAUAUAGUACUAUGAUUUUAAAACAUUUCAUGUUUUUUCUACCGAAAGAAUUAUAAUUACAAAUAUAAACAUUGAAAAAGAUCGUCAUAGCUUGACGAUCAUUUAGCUCAUAUAAAUUCCGAACAUAGAAAUGAUACAGAAAAAUAGUAAUAAAUUUUCUUCUUUAUUUUUCUUUCAUAAAACGUAGCCAUUCGAAAUGAUCCCAAAUUGUUGAGCGAUGGUGAAUACGAAUAUAUACAAAUAUAUAUGAGCCGUUGUAUUGUCAUCAGAUAUGAUCGUUCAGUAGUUAUCAUAUUUAGCCGAAAUUGAUUAACUCGCUCAUCUCAUUUGAUCCGUGCCGUACUAGAAUAAACGAAGAUUCCUAGCGAAGUUCUGAUCGAUAAAAGCUGAUGCGACCACGUAUUUUAAAUUUAUCAGAAGAGGCAAUAGCACAAAUAGGGACCAUUCGUUUAUUUCCAUGAACACACCCACCAAACGGCACGAAUAAAAUGUAAUAGAUGAGCGAAACAAGGGGGCAGAAAAUAACCUUUGUACAAUACAGAUUUUGUGAUUGCGUUAGUGAUCUGCAGCGCGCCUACCAUGUUUCAUUUGGAUGCUGCAUUAAACGCAUCUGGUCGGUGAAUUAUCGUUUCGUGUGCUGGCAUGGACGAGAAAACCUAAAUAGAAAACUUGUUAUGUGUAAGUAAGAACCGACUUAGUUUUUAUCACGUCUCAGCAUUCCGCGAUACCCUAGGAAAGUUUACAACUAAUUGUUAUAUUAUAAAUAUAGAUAUUCAUUGUAUAUAAAAUUCGAUUUAAAAACUACCGAUCGGAACUCGGUACGGUUUUAUGUUAAAUUGAGUUACAGUGGAACCUCGGUUACUAAUCGAAUGAUCGAACGAUCUCGUUCGUGUAAAAAGAGAAUCAUUUAUUUUGAAAUAUUUGAUUAAUCGUAAUAAUAAACGAAAGUAUAACUAGAAUAAGAAUACGAUACUCCUCUUCGUUCGGACAUUCUUCUAAUCUUUUUUCAAUUAUCAACUAAAAGAUCUCAUCCGAAGUGGUUGUUUUCAAAGGUUGUAUCUUAAAGUCCAAUUAAACGCAAUAAAUUGAUUCUAAACUUUAGAUCUUCGUCGCUUACUUUACAUCGUACAAUUUAUGAAACCACUUGUCUUAGAACUGUAAGUACUUUGUGAAUUUCUAAAUGUUUAUGAACGUUUGAUUUCAACAAUAUUUCGUCAUCAACACGUACAUGUAUCUCCUUUAUUUAAAAGACAACAUUGUUCAGUUUCAGAUAAUCAAAUAUUUUGAUAAUUUCUAAUGUUUGGAGGUUCUGCUGCGUAUCUCACUUUCGAAUGCAAAUGUCGUAUUAAAACGGUUCGUUUUUCUGGAGUGUCUAACAUAUGGAUUCUAUUCUAACAAAAGAAGCAAAUUCGCAGCGCUUCUGUUUUUGAACGAAAAACAGAACAUGUCCUAGAAUAGAAGAAGGCUUUAGUGUACAUAGUUUUGUAAAGUAUCAACAGUGUAUAGUCACUCAAAUAAUUCAACAGAGCUAAGCCGACUUAUUCACGUCAUUAGAGGCCAAUAUAAGUUAUAUGUGACGAGUUUUCAUUGUGAAAUUAAGAUAUCCAACGCAUGGUGAAUAAUGCGCCCGCAGAAGUUCGCCGCGAUUACUAAGAAGUAAACUUAUUGCAUUGAAGAAGUUUUGCGACGCGUAAUUAAAUAACUGAUCAGUUUAUCGAAUGUAGCUGCGAUUACGCAUGCGUGUAUGUGUGUACGAACCCACGCGUAUACGUAAAAGCAGAAAGAAUGUUGUUCGUUACAUAUAUAAUAUGUGAUACGUACGUAAUGUUUUAAGCUGUCAAUAGAAUGUCCUAAUAUUAAAUAUUAUAGUGACAUUAA